AUGCACGCUAUUCCCUGGACAAAUUCUAGCACGAUUCGCGGUACUUCAAGUACAGACAUGAGUGGCCCUUCUCCGAUCUAUGGGCAAAUAAACGAGACCGGCGAAAUGCUGAUGGGCCAAGAUGGCAAACAGGUGAGGAGGGAGAGUGACAAACGCAUCUCCGCACCCUCCGGCUCAAGGCGCAAGCGACUGAUGCACAAGCUUCGCUGCAAUGGCUCCAAGCGGUACUAUCUGGCUUGGCUGUGCUCACUUGGCUUCAUGAUCAGUUUCGGUAUCCGAUGCAACAUGAGUUGGGUAAUGCUGGCCAUGCGACAGAUCACGAACCACACAAUCCAGAUCAGCGUGCAUGCACAUCAAGCGAGUCGUCAGUCCAUGGUGACCGUCGGCCAUGCCUUGAAUGCCUCACAUGCUCUCCGCCAUUCCAGCCUCGUCAAGACUGCUAGCCAUUACACCAAUGAGCCAGGUCUAAUCAACGUAACUCAGGUAGGACGACACCCGAAUCUUCGAAUCCCAUUAAAAGCGUAA